CACCACUUUCCUUCCCCUCUUUUAAACCUCUUUUCUUCAUCAUUCUCACUUCCUCUCUCUCUCUCUCUCUCUCUCCAUAUUUUCUCUCGGAACCCUUCAUCCUACAUGGACGGCCAAGAAAGUACACUGCCACCGCCGCCCUUACUAUCACCCCUUAACGUUCCUUUUCUCUUUCCAUCUUCCUCGUUGAACCCUCCUUUGGAAAGUAGUCUAAAUAUUCUCCCCGACAUCGACUGGGUUAGCCUCCUCUCUGGUCUCGGACAGGAGAACAAGGUAAUGAUUGGGAGUGGUUCUAAUAAUAUGAUGUCUGUAAACGGAGUUGGUUAUCAGAUUCAACAGGGUGAUGAUAAAGGUCACAAGAAUAAGAGGAAAGGUAGUAGGAUGAAAAAGAGAAGCAAGCCCAGAUUUGCUUUCCAAACCAGGAGUGAAGAUGACAUUUUGGACGAUGGUUACAGGUGGAGAAAGUAUGGUCAGAAAUCUGUUAAGAAUAGCAUGUAUCCAAGGAGCUAUUACCGGUGCACGCAUCACACAUGCGAUGUGAAGAAGCAGAUACAAAGGCUUUCAAAGGACACGAGCAUGGUGGUGACGACAUAUGAAGGCAUUCACAACCAUCCCUGUGAGAAGCUAAUGGAAACCCUGGCUCCUCUUCUCAAGCAAAUGCAGUUCCUCUCUGGGUUUUAAAUCUUUUAUGUUUGUCGUGCAACCAAUUAGCAGGUUCAAAGACCACCUCAAAUAAUUGAACCUUCUGCUCUUGUUUGUAUAUGUUACUUAUAUUCUCCUUUUCCCAUUCUUAUUUGCCUGUAAAAUGUCGACUGCAAUAUCACAAACAACCUUAU